GCUCAACUGCUUAGCCUAGGUAGCACAGCAAGACUCUGACCAAAAAGGCUCAUGGCAAUGUCUUCUAGCUCAGAAGGCAUGACGAGGCAAGCUUGGCUUAGGAACUUGCCUCAGGAAGUCAUUGAGUUUACUACCUUUGGGGCCACUCCUCCAGCUCUCUGCCCAGCUGAAGUGAAGGUGUGUGUGUUUGUACUUGUGUGUACAUGUCGGCAAGUUCUUAGGUGCAAGAUUUCAUCAGAUGGUCUUUUGUUCUGGGGAGGAAAGAUAGGCCCCGGAGGACAGAAUGGUACAUCACCUCCUCUCCAUAUCCCAACAGUGAAGGGCCCUUCUCUCCAGGAGAGGGGACUGGGCCAGCCAGGCUGGCAGCAACAGACCUGCCUGAAUUUUUUCCUCUAGAUCUGGAGGCUGAUUAGGCUUCAGAGAUAAAGAGCAGAGGUGUGCAUAGACUUGGCAGGCCGGAAGGCCCCUCCCUUUUGAAUUCCUGCCUGGACCUGGCAGCAAGGCUGGGCUGCAAAGACUUCUGGAUAAAUUGCGUUGGAUCCUCACACCUUCAGUGUAUCCCAAACCUCCGGGAGAAGAAGGAGAAGAAAGACCAGUUGGACAGACACAGAUGAGGACAGCAGAAGCCUAGGGAGGGUGCUGGACAGGUCCAAGGUCACAAAGUAAAGUCCUGGGCAGAGCUGGCUGAAAUUGGGGUGGGGUUGGGGUGGUAUUGUUCUCAGCUCCUAAAGAUUAGUUUCACUUGGCUCUUCCUUUCCUCUUUUUUUUUUUUUUUUUUUUUUUUUUUGGUUCUUUUUUUCGGAGCUGGGGACUGAACCCAGGGCCUUGUGCUUCCUAGGUAAGCGCUCUACCACUGAGCUAAAUCCCCAGCCCCUCUUCCUUUCCUCUUAAGACUCCCAAAGGGCUUCUUGAGGGUCCAGCAGAUAUUUCUGCCCUUCCUUUCACUACCCCCAACCCACAGUGCCGAAGUUUCGACAGGUUCCACAUGAGAGCACAGUGGGCUCUACAGAGGCAGUAUCUCCACUAGCUCACAUCUCUGCCUGUGACCCUAACUGCUCCUUCACAUUUUGACUCCCACGACCAUGGCUCUGGGUUGAGGACCACUCCCACCCACCCCUGACCCAGAUCCCAACUACACAGCAGGCUGAAAAUGAAGAUGAAGCUCUGGGCCUCAAAGCCCUGCCACACCAGGGUUUUCUUUUAAUUCCUAAAAGUGCAAGAGGCAGCUUUUGGUUUCCAUAGCAACCUCUGAAGACCUACAAGCUGAUGCCCCCCACCCCCCAUCUCCCAGAGAAAGGCAUUCCGAUCAUUCAAGGGAGGAGCCAGCCCCAAGCAACUGUUUAUGGGUCUGCCCCACUUUUUACAACUGGCCCUAGGGCUAAAAGGCCCAACUUGAGCUGCUGUGAGGCUCUUACCUUAAAAGGCAGGUCCAAGUUCCCACCCAGUUUCCGCAUGCACACUGAACACUGGAAUGUGUGUGGAGGUGUGGGAGGUGGGGGCUACCUCCUGAACAAACAGGUACCUUCAGCUUCCCUUGAGGGCCUGGGGAAAUAAGUAAGGGAUGUAGAGAAAACUACAUUCCAGGAGGAAGGGCAGGGGCCGGUCCUGAGAUAGAAGACCUUUAGGGAAGACUGAGAAAGCAGCCCCAGCUGGGAGUCUGAGGAGCAGUAGAGGACUGUCUGCCAUAGCACAUAGCCAAAGGCUGUAGGUAGGUUCCUUUCACUCUACAGGGACAAUUUCAACUUGUGUCCUCGGGGUGACGUGAGGAUUACCUGAGCAAAGACUUGGCAAACACUUAGCUCAGGGCCUGGCGCUCAACCAACCAUGGCGGUCUCCUUCACAGCCCAGAGCUCCCUGCAACCCUACAGGGCAAAAGGCGUGCCGGAGGCCCGCUGAGGGGUGAAGAGAAGAGGGAGGAAGAAAUCCAGACCUUGGAGCCCAGCACAAUCACAGUUUUUUAGACAAGGGGGGUGGGGGGAUGCAUGGCCCUGCCCCGGAGCCCCGGAGGCCAUGAGGCUCUUUGCAGCCUCUUUCCCCAGCUCUCGUGCAGGAGGGGAGGUAGCCUUCAAAAGGGCACAGUGCCCGCAUCUUCCAGUCCGCUUCUGGGUAAGGCUAAGGGCCAGAGAAGACGCACAGGCUACAGGUGUCCCCAGCAGGCCCAGCCUCCAUUCGUCGAGUUGUGCAGGUGUCCCUAACCGUUGGGCUGGACAUUACUAUCCCAUCCGCAUUACCCUCAGCCUCCCAGACUUCCGCGGUGUGUUCGCCAAUUCUUUGAUUCUGUGCUCCGGGUCACUAGUCCCUCCCAUUAGGGAGAGAAAUGGGGUUCCAGACCCAGGAAGAUGCAGGUAGCAGGAACAAGGCCACUCUGGGUAGCUGUCCCCUUGUCCUUCAGCCUUGGUGCAAAACCACCCUAAAAGGGGUUGAAGGCUCCCUAACGGUGCGGGGCGGGGGCGGGGCCCUGCCGGGGUCUCCCCGCCCCUUCCAGCUCAGCCAAGCAAAGGUGAAACCUGAGCCCAGGUUGGGGGCGGGGCUAGCUCGGGAUUCUGUCCGGGUCCUGGUUGCCUGGCGGUGGCGGGAGGAACAGGGCCUUCCCGGAGCCACUGGAGCAGGGUCCGAGAUGGAGCCCGCAGCCCGAGGUCGUGUCCCGCCCUGACUCCCACAGACAGCCAUGCUGCCUCGAGGGCGCCCCCGGGCACUGGGGGCCGCACUGCUGUUGUUGCUGCUGCUAGUGGUUGGCUUCUUCCUAUUCGGCCGGGACCCGGAGUGUGAGCGCCGUAGCUGGGCAGGGGAAGGGGGGACCCUGUGUGACCGCUGCCUGCUCACGCCACGUGUCUUUUCAGAUGGACUAGGCACAACCGCCACCCUCGAUGGAGACCCGUACGGGAGCCGCAACCGCUCCACCUCCAGCCUGCAGCUUCUACUGCCACCCAAGUGCGAGAUGUUGCAUGUGGCCAUCGUGUGUGCGGGAUACAACUCCAGCCGAGAGAUCAUCACCCUAAUGAAGUCCGUGCUAUUCUACAGGAAAAAUCCGCUGCACCUCCACCUGAUAACCGAUGCCGUAGCCAGAAACAUCCUGGAGACACUCUUCCGAACAUGGAUGGUACCAGCUGUGGUGGUCAGCUUCUAUGAUGCUGAAGAGCUCAAGCCCCUGGUUUCCUGGAUUCCCAACAAGCACUACUCUGGCCUCUAUGGGCUCAUGAAGCUAGUACUUCCCAGCGUCCUGCCUCUCAGCCUGGCCCGAGUCAUUGUCCUGGACACCGAUGUCACUUUCUCCUCUGACAUUAUGGAGCUCUGGGCACUCUUUGGUCAUUUUUCUGACAAGCAGGUGGUCGGUCUUGUGGAGAACCAGAGCGACUGGUACCUGGGCAACCUCUGGAAGAACCAUAGGCCCUGGCCUGCCUUGGGCAGGGGAUUUAACACAGGUGUGAUCCUGCUUUGGCUGGACAGAUUACAGCAGAUUGGCUGGGAGCAGAUGUGGAAGCUGACGGCCAAACGGGAGCUGCUUACUUUGACUGCCACUUCCUUGGCUGACCAGGACAUCUUCAAUGCCGUCAUCAAGGAGCAUCCCGAGCUGGUGCAUCCCCUGCCCUGUGUCUGGAACGUGCAGUUGUCAGACCACACUCUGGCUGAGCGCUGCUACUUGGAAGCAGCUGACCUCAAAGUGAUCCACUGGAAUUCACCAAAGAAGCUUCGAGUGAAGAACAAGCAUGCAGAAUUCUUCCGUGAUCUACACUUGACCUUCCUGGGGUUUGACGGGAAGCUACUGUGUAGAGAGCUCUUUGGUUGCCCCAACCAGUUCCCUCCUGGGGUUGAGCAGUUGCAACAGGCCCUAGCACAGCUGGAUGAGGAAGAGCCCUGCUUUGAGUUCCGCCAACAGCAGCUCACUGUGCACCGUGUACACAUCACCUUUCUGUCUCACCAGCCGCCACCUCCUCGGCCUCACGAUGUCACCUUGGUGGCCCAGCUCUCUAUGGACCGGCUGCAGAUGCUGGAAGCCCUGUGCAGGCACUGGCGGGGUCCCAUGAGCCUGGCCUUGUACCUGACAGACGCAGAGGCUCAACAGUUCCUGCGUUUCGUGGAGACGUCACCAGUACUCUCUGCAAGGAAGGAUGUGGCCUAUCAUGUAGUGUACCGGGACGGCCCCCUCUACCCAGUCAACCAGCUCCGAAAUGUGGCCUUGGCCCAGGCUCUCACACCCUACGUCUUCCUCAGUGAUAUUGACUUCUUACCUGCCUACUCCCUCUAUGACUACCUCAGGGCCUCUAUUGAGCAACUGGCGCUGGGCAGGCGGCAGAGGAAGGCUGCUUUGGUAGUGCCUGCAUUUGAGACCCUGCACUACCGUUUCAGCUUCCCAAACUCUAAGGCAGAGUUGUUGACCUUACUGGAUGCUGGCUCUCUCCACACCUUUAGGUACCACGAGUGGCCACAGGGUCAUGCAUCCACAGACUAUACCCGCUGGCGGGAAGCCCAGGCACCAUACCGAGUGCAGUGGUCAGCUGACUAUGAGCCUUACGUGGUGGUACCCCGUGACUGUCCCCGCUAUGACCCUCGCUUUGUGGGCUUUGGCUGGAACAAGGUGGCCCAUAUCAUAGAGCUGGAUGCUCAGGAAUAUGAAUUCCUGGUACUUCCUGAGGCCUUCUCUAUCCACUUGCCCCAUGCCCCAAGUCUGGACAUCUCCCGCUUCCGCUCCAGCCCCACCUACCGCGACUGCCUCCAGGCCCUCAAGGAGGAGUUCCACCAGGACUUGUCUAGGCGCUAUGGGUCUGCAGCCCUCAAAUACCUCACUGCCCUGCAGCAGUCCCGAAGCCGGGCCUGAGCUUGCCGGGACACAUACAUACACUGGAGAAACUGGGGACCCUGGUGGGUGCCUACCCUUAUUGCUUUCUAAAUUAUUUAAAGUUUUUGUCAGAAGGGCUAGAGUGGAGCAUCUGUGGGGUUCCUGGUUCCUUCUCCUGCUGUUCCACACUGGGGUCCAGCCCUCCUUUGCCUCAGCUGGUUUGGGGCUAGUUCUCCUAAUUCUCUUAUAUAAUAAAAUUUUUUAACUUUUUAAA